AUGUCGGAAAUUACUUCAGGAAAUAACUUAUUUGCCUUACCAGCUCUAAGAGAAGAGCCCGGGGACACAGGAAAUUCGCCUGCUACCGAGGAGCAGUUGAAGGGAGGAGCAAAUAGCGUAGGCUUAUUUGUUUAUCUUGCAGUGCAACCGGCCAAAUCUCCUUCCACAUCAUCGGGACUUGAGAGUCUUAGGGCCAGACAACUCAAAGCAGAAAUGGCAGAAAGAAAGACUAAUAGACGACCAACAUUUGCCCACAACCAGUCAACGAGACUUUCCUGGCUGGAUAUUAACACUACAAAUGUUCAGUUUCCCGCUUUUGAUGCGAUAAAUCCUGAUAAUAAUGAAAGAAACCCCUCUGUACACCUACACGGUGCUGCUAAUUCCAGCAGACACGCAAUUCAAGCCAAUAAUCUUCGAUAUCUCUUCGACAGGUUAUUUACGCAGGUUUCAGACUGGCUAAAAGUAGAAAAGACCAGGAAAGAAAUGAAACAAAAUAAAAAAAAGGAAUUCACAUACCUUCACACAAACAGCAGUGGAUGGUCUGAAAUAUCCAACCAAGAUUCAACUUCAGGCUUAAAAUCCUUGGAAAAGCUGCAAAAAAUUCUUGAGGAAAGUAAGUACUCUUAUAAUCUGGAUCAACAUUCUACUAGUGAACCUGUGUCUGCACCACGGCGAUGUAUGACUGUCGGCUCUAGGCGGCGAGCAUCGUCAAAGCGAUAUGGAACUUUGGGCUCUGACACGGACUACCAAGAUGGCGGUAUCAUUGUGCCCUCUUGUGAUGUAUUUCUGGAUAAUCCCAAGACUUCUACGAGUUUAGACGAACCAGCAUGCCUCGUUCACCAGACACUUGUUGAAAGAAUCUCCAAAAAAUCUCCAAAAGAAAUAAGGGAAUGGGCAACAUUUAAGUUAGAGAUUUUAAAAUUGGCGCAUACUUUAAGACUAAAAGGGUGGAAAAAGGUGCCUCUUGAACGUAGUGAAGACUUAAAGGUAGAAAGGCUAAGUGGUGCUCUUACAAACGCAGUCUAUGUCGUCACACCUCCUGUAGAUGUUAAAACCCUUAAUUCUAAAAGUCUCCCGUCAAGAUAUCCUUCCAAGGUCCUGUUGCGUAUUUACGGUCCUCAAGUAGAACAUUUAAUCGAUCGCAAAAAUGAGCUCAGUAUACUUAAGCGCUUAGCACAAAAAAAAAUCGGAGCGAGGAUGCUUGGAACCUUCAUUAAUGGUCGAUUUGAAGAAUAUCUGAAUGCAAAACCUCUUACCGCGAAUGACAUGAGAAUAGCAGACACUAGUGUUCAGAUCGCUAAGAGAAUGCGAGAAUUGCAUGACGGCGUUGAGCUGCUAGACCGUGAAAGAGAAGAAGGACCAUUUGUGUGGAGAAAUUGGGAUAAAUGGGUGGAUAGGUGUGAAAAGAUAAUGACAGUUCUAGAUCAAAUCGUCAAGGUUGAUUCCUCUCGAAAGUCAGGACUCUGGAAAUCUAGAGACUUUGUCUGCGGAGUCGAAUGGCCUCAGUUCAAAUUGGCUGUGAACCGGUACCGGCAAUGGCUUAACGAUCAUUAUGGGAAAGAUGGAGUAAAGCAAAAACUCAUCUUUGCACACAAUGAUACGCAAUACGGUAACAUACUUCGUCUAAUCCCAGAUAAUACCGUAGGCUCGUCGCCUUCGCCACUCCUUUUACCGGCGAACUCUCACAAACAACUAGUUGUGAUAGACUUUGAGUAUGCUUCAGCCAACACCCCAGGCCUUGAGUUUGCCAACCACUUCACUGAAUGGUGUUAUAAUUACCACGAACCAAAAACACCUUGGGCUUGUAAUACAAACAGAUACCCAUCGUUAGACGAGCAGAUCAGAUUUAUCCGAAGCUACGUUACUCACCAAUCGCGAUUCUAUUCGAAUACAUCCACAACUCCCAACAUGCCUUUACUAGAUAAUAUGAAAGGUAGAGGUGGUGAGUUCUGUCUCGAUAAGAGUACAAUGGAAAUUUGUGAUUUUGGUGUUGAGGCUUCUACAGUUGAUUACACUGAAGAGGAACUUCGGCUGGAAAAAGAAGUAAAGCAUCAAAUUCAAGAACUCCUUUGUGACGUCCAUCGUUGGCGUGUUGCCAAUUCAGCUCAGUGGGUUGCAUGGGGUAUUGUCCAAGCUCAAGUCCCGGGUCUAGACCAUUCUGAUGGCAAAGUAGUGGCUCACGAUUCUCGUUACACGGCCGAGGAAAUCGAGGUGCAUGAAUUGAUACCUGGGGAUUCGUUCACUGAACUGGAAAUACAGGAGGGCGAGGCUGGAUUUGAUUACUUAUCAUAUGCUUCAGAUCGUGCACUUUUUUUCUGGGGUGACAUGGUUCAGCUUGGUAUUAUUAGAGAGGAAGAACUGCCAACGGAGCUACUGGCUCGGCUAAAGACUGUUAAUAAUUAA